UGUAUUUUUAAACAAGUAAAACUUUCUCUCUCUUCCAUUUCUGCACUCUUUCUCUCUCAUUUCUGCAUUGGAAUUUUGAGAAUUCGUCGAACUUCCAACAGGCUUGGGCUUUGGAACAUCUAGGGUUUGUUGUGUUAACAAAGCACUCGGGGGCUAGGAUGACAUGGCUCGCUGCGUUGCAGAAGAAAUGUGCAAAUAACAUCUGAUAGAAAAAAUUGAUCCUCGUUCUUGAAGUAGGAUGGCAACUGAAAGCCCUAUGAGAAUGGUGGAAGGCAGUGGAGCCAGAAAGUGGCCCUUUUCCAAGGAUGCUGCAACAUUUGCAUCACCAUUGAAUAACGCAGCAGAAGAUGAGUUGGGAUUGCUUCUGAAAGAGCACAGAUUUAACAGAGAUCAACAAAACAUGGUUCCAAAUCGAAGUGGUAGUGCACCUCCAAGUAUGGAGGGUUCAUUUGCAGCUUUUGGGAACCUUAUGGUUCAACAGAACUAUAGUUUGAGUUCAAGCUUAGCGGGUUUAAACAGUGCAAUUGAAAAUUGCGAGUCUGAGGAACAGCUGCGCUCUGAUCCAGCCUAUUUUGCCUACUACUGUGCAAAUGUUAACUUGAAUCCGAGGCUUCCUCCACCCAUUAUCUCAAGGGAGAAUCGACACCUGGCACGCCAAAUUGGUGGUUUCGACAAUAAUUGGAGACUAACCUCUUUUGAUGACAGUGGCAAUGGAUCCUUGCACUUGUCGACUCACAACGAGGAGCCCGAGGAUGAUAAGUCACCCCAACAAGCUUCAAAUGAUUGGGAAGAAAGUAGUAGUGCACUCAUGCCCGGACAGAGUGCAUCUUCUUUGUCAGGUUGUCAUAAAAGUUUGGUUGAUCUAAUUCAGGAGGACUUCCCCCGCACUCCAUCUCCUGUAUAUAAUCAAACUCGCUCCUCAAGCCAUGUUACGGCCGAGGAACCAAUUGAUUGUGAUGUUCAAGCUGUUUCAUUGGAUGAGCUUUCCAUCAAGAUUUCGAAGUUACCAGAAUCAAAAUCUGACCCUGUUGAUGUUGGUAUGGUUACACAUACUCAAGGGGCAAAUGUUUGUGGGUUAAAAUCCAACGAUGAUCCCUCAGGUACCCCUUCUCCACAAGUAUUAAAAUCUAUUGCAAUGGGAUGCCCACCACCACAUCAAAAAGUUGAAGUAAUCAAUAAGGGUGCUGAUGCUGUAGAUGAUGAGUUAAGUGGUGCCUCUGGAUCAGAUGCUUCUAGAAUGGGAGCACUAAAUAUUUCUGGCCUUCUUGUCAAAGAAGAUUAUAGUAAUGAAAAAGAACACCAGUCUUUUGAGAAGAAUGUGCAGCAGCCGCAGCAUUAUCCCCAACGAGGCAUUACUUAUCAGGUUCAUGGAAUGCAGGGACAAGUAGUUUCUCAAGGAGUGAAUCUCUCACAGAGUGGCGUGGAAAAAGUUCUCCAUAGCCACACCAAUUUGUCUUCAAUAGACACACAACCGGUACUUCAUCCUCCUGGAAUCACACCCCCUUUAUAUGCAACAGCAGCAGCCUAUAUGACUUCAGGAAACCCAUUUUAUCCUAAUUUACAUCAUCCAUCUGGCUUAUAUGCUCCUCAGUACAGUAUGGGUGGGUACGCUCUGAGUUCUACGUAUCUUCCUCCAUUUAUGACUGGAUAUCCAUCUCCUAGUGCUAUUUCUAUGCAUUUUGAUGCCACUUCUGGUCAAAGCUUUAACAGUCGACCUGCUAGUGUUUCUAUGGGGGAAAGCAUUCCACACAUGGGUGAUUUGCAGCAUCUAAACAAAAUUUAUGGCCAGCAUGGAUUAAUGGUGCAACCUUCUAUUGUUGAUCCUGUUCACAUGCAAUACUUUCAGCAUCCUGUAGAGGAUGCAUAUGGUGCUUCAGUGCAGUAUGGUCAGGUGGCAUCUGCUGGUGUUAUUGGGGGCCAAGUUGAUUCUUUUGUUUCACAAAAAGAGUCUUCUGUUGCUGGCUAUAUAGGUGAUCGGAAAUUUCUACCACCAUCAAAUGGAAGUCUGAGUAAUCGAACUCAAAGACAAGGUGGAAUCACUAGCAGCAGUUACUAUGGAAGUCCCCCAAGUAUGGGUGUCAUGGCACAGUUUCCAGCCUCACCUCUUGGUAGUCCGGCAUUGCCUGGAUCUCCAGCGACAGGGACAAAUCCUUCAGGAAGAAGAAAUGACAUGAGAUUUCAUCAAGUUCCUGUUAGAAACUCUGGAGUAUAUUCUGGAUGGCAAGGUCAAAGAGGGUCUGACAACUUUAAUGACCCUAAGAAGCAUUCUUUUCUUGAGGAACUGAAAUCCAGCACUGCCCGAAAAAUUGAACUCUCUGAUAUUGCAGGGCGUAUUGCUGAGUUCAGUGUUGAUCAACAUGGGAGUCGAUUUAUUCAGCAGAAGUUGGAAUACUGUGCUGUUGAAGACAAGGCAUCUGUCUUCAAAGAAGUUCUUCCACAUGCUUCAAAGUUGAUGACAGAUGUUUUUGGAAAUUACGUCAUUCAGAAGUUCUUUGAGCAUGGGAGUCCUGAGCAGAGGAAGGAACUUGCAGAUCAACUUAAGGGACAGAUGUUACCCUUAAGUUUGCAAAUGUAUGGCUGUCGUGUGAUUCAGAAGGCACUCGAAGUUAUUGAACUUGAUCAGAAAACACGACUUGUGCAUGAGCUUGAUGGACAUGUUUUGACAUGUGUACGGGAUCAAAAUGGAAAUCAUGUCAUACAAAAGUGUAUUGAAUGCAUCCCCACGGAGAAAAUUGGAUUUAUUAUCUCUUCUUUUCAAGGCCAAGUCGCUACACUCUCUACUCAUCCCUAUGGUUGCCGUGUUAUUCAGCGAGUUCUGGAGCAUUGCUCAGAUGAAUUGCAAAGUCAGUGCAUAGUGGAUGAGAUCUUGGAAUCUUCUUAUGUUCUUGCUCAAGACCAGUACGGCAAUUAUGUCACGCAGCAUGUACUGGAGAGGGGAAAGCCUCAUGAAAGAAGCCAAAUUAUCACCAAAUUGACUGGGAAAGUUGUGCAAAUGAGUCAGCAUAAAUAUGCAUCAAAUGUUGUUGAGAAGUGUCUGGAGCAUGGUGACGCUGCAGAACGGGAAUUCUUGAUUGAUGAGAUUCUUGGGCAAUCCGAGGAGAACAAUAAUUUAUUGGCAAUGAUGAAGGACCAGUUUGCAAAUUAUGUUAUCCAGAAGAUUCUAGAAAUAAGCGAUGAUAAGCAACGUGAAGUUUUGCUCAAUCGUAUCAGGGUUCAUCUUCAUGCUUUAAAGAAAUACACUUACGGAAAGCACAUAGUUGCUCGAUUCGAACAAUUAUCUGGUGAAGAAAGCCAAGACUCGGAACCGUGAGUUGCUUAGAAAGGUGGCAAUAGCUUUAAUUGCCUAAAGCAGCAAGAAGUCACCGUGUCAAUGGAAGAAGACUGUUAAUCCUAUACCAUUCUUUUUGAAAAUUUGCAUAGCGGCAAGAGUCACUGGUGGUUGCAGUUUCAUAAAUGUGAAGGUGGUUAAUGUUCUGUAAUAUAUUUUUUCAAAUUGUAUCAUGUAUGUCUAUGUAUAGAAAUAAUUAAUAGCUAGUGUUUGAAAGAAAACAUGGCAGCUUGCUAAAUUAGUUUAAUAUAAUCCGAUUGCAUUUGCUUUGUGAA